AUGGCACCGUUCCCUCCUCCUCCGGUCACCUCGAUCGACUGGUCCAACGUCGGCUUCAAAGUUCGUGAAGUAAACGGCCACAUCGAAUCCUCCUACUCCGUCAAAACAGGCAAAUGGUCGCCCCUCCGCUUCGUCACCGACCCCUACAUCCGCAUGCACGGCAUGGCGCCCGCCCUCAACUACGGCCAACAAGCCUACGAGGGUCUCAAGGCUUUCCGUCUUCCCGGCAACGACUCGAUCGCCAUCUUCCGCGCCGACAAGAACGCCAAGCGAAUGCAGCACAGCGCCGAGUUCAUCAGCAUCCCGCCCCCGCCCGUCGACCUCUUCGUCGACGCCGUCAAGGCCGCUGUCGCGCUGAACGCCGAGUUCGUCCCGCCUCACGAGACGGGCGCGGCUUUGUACAUCCGUCCCCAGAUCUUCGGUAGCUCGGCCCAGCUCGGCCUCAGCCCGCCGGAGGAGUACCUCUUUUCGGUAUUCGUCAUCCCCACGGGUGUCUACCACGGCACGCACCCCGUCAAGGCGCUGAUUCUGGAGGACUUUGACCGUGCCGCGCCCAACGGGACGGGCAGUGCCAAGGUUGGAGGCAACUAUGCGCCUGUGUUGCGCCAUAGUGACAAGGCUAGAAGGGAGGGGUAUGACAUUACCCUCCACUUGGACAGCGCCAGACACGAGGAGGUCGACGAAUUUAGCACUAGCGGAUUCAUCGGUGUGAUUCGUGGCGAGGGAGGAGAAGAUGAUGUUACUGUUGUUGUUCCGAGCAGCAAGGCCGUGAUUGAUAGUGUCACGAGCGAUAGCAUCCAGGAGAUUGCUAGGAGCUUUGAGUGGAAGGUUGAGAAGCGUGCGUUAUGGCCGCCGGAACGGCCGCCGCUCUCGUCCCGAUUACGCUCCAUCACCAGACGCGUCAAGUCGUCAUCUCCCCAGUCCCUCGCUUCCUCCAGCGCUACCAAGGAGAACGCUCGCGUCUCCUUCAACAAGGAGGCCGAAGAGGAGACCGUCACUUACCUCGCUGAGAGCGUGGAGGAUGCUGGCGACAUCUGCCUAAAGUUGCUUUCCCAGCUUAAGGGGAUCCAGUUGGGCAAGAUCGAGGACAAGUUCGGCUGGCGCUUUGUGGUCACCGAAGAAGACGGAAAGAAAGCGGAGGGCGCGGAGAAGGCUCGUGCUAGUGAGGGGAAGGGCACGGAGGCCCAGACUGUUGACCAGAUGGACUAG